CUGGAAUCCCAGAGCAUGCUUAAUUGCCCGUUAGGGCGUUUGGCCCUGAGACUCCCUCCCUUUCUAGACCGCUCUUAGUAUUCCGCGCUUCCUUUUGUCUUCGUUUGUCGUUAUCUCGUGCCAAACCUUCUCGCCCUCACAGUGACGUCGCAACAACAAAAACACAAACAAUGGAACCAUUCUUAUUAUCGCUGACCCUGGCCAGGUAACCUGCUUGACCGCGGCCACUCAGAUAGGGGCACGAAGAAGUUGAGAAACGAAAGAGAGAACAACAAACGUAAACAAAGCGAAACUUCAGAAUGAACAGAAGUCUCCUUUCCACGUGAACCCAGUGUGUAUUCGCAUCCAGCUGGGGCCUGUGCACCGCAGAAAAAAGAAAGGGCGCUCUCACUCAACUGCGUCCUCACAUCGUGCUUCACCCCUCGUGCGCUACAAACACGGCUCCUCUGAGUAUUGCUGGAAACUGCACCAGCGACAGUGAUACCGAAACCGCUUUUUAAACCGUGUCACGCCAAAGUUGGUGCCACAGAGACUCUUGAGGACAUUACUUCAGCUAUUUUCAAGCCUAGUGAUAUUGCGAGCUGCGGAACAUCAUCCAGAAAUUGACGAAGCAACUCCUUACCCUCAACGACUUUCGCGACUCCGCUCAUCUUAGGUUAUUCGCAAGCCACCUUCGCCAACGCGCAGUGCGCGUGAAUUAAGGUGCUUUCGAAACCCAGAGCUUGUGUUUCGUGACUGUUUGAAAGACAUUCCGCCCUUGCGACCGGUAGCUCGAAAGCUAGAGUUUGAUUCUUGCGCAAAGACAGGAAGGGCCACGUGACGAUCGACUUGCCUAACGUUCUCGCGUGGACCUUCUAGAGCGACGUCGCACAGUAGAGCAGUCUUCAGUACCAGGUAGUUAAGGUGUCUGCGCACUGGGAAACGACGAGUCUCUCACGCUUUGGUCUUCUAAAGUAACGAGCGAGGCAUGUUAGUACUGCUGUCUCCGGAGUCGCCAUCACUGCCGUCGCAGUUCGAUGCUCUCCUUGGGCGAGUAUCACCCUGGCUGGUCGCCUUCCUCUUAUGGCUCUUCUUGGUGAGACCUCUGGUGCAAUGGCUGAAGAUAUGGGUGGCACUGAGGCCCAUACCGGGUCCAUGGGAUGGUAUCCCCUUUUGGUUCUCCGUAAAGACCUACUGGACAACGCGGAAGACAAUAGGACUCAAGGACGCGACCACCGGUUUCCUGACUAUUGUGAAUGAGCUCACCCGACAGUACCAGUGGAAAACGUUCAAGGUGUAUCUUGGCCCGAUGCCCGUCGUGUUCGUGCAUACUCCAGAUGCGGCUGAGACCCUGCUGACGAGCAAGGAGAACUUCCGGAAACCUUUCGUGUACAGGUUCCUGUCAAGCUGGCUGGGCCCGCACAACCUGGUGACUGCUACCGGGGACAUAUGGCGAUUCAAGCGGCGGUUGUUCACGCCGGCGUUCCACUUUCGGGUGCUGGAGAACUACAUAUGCCACUUCAACGAGAACGGCAACGUCCUCAUCAAGAAACUCGAGAAGCACAUCGACGAGAAGCCCAACGAGGCACUGGCCACCUUCCCGCUCAUGCAGCACUUGACGCUAGACAUCAUCGGCCGAGUUUCCAUGGGAACAGUCCUGGGCAUGCAGACUGACACAGGGAACCCCUUCGGGAAAAACCUCAACAGAUUGUCCUUUAUGAUCGUCUUGCGAGGCUUCAGGCCAUGGAUGUGGAUACAGCAAAUAUACGACCUCACGUAUGAAGGAAAAGUUUUUAGGGAGACCCUUCUUGACAUGGAGAAAUUUAGCAUGUCGGUGAUGCAGCAGCGUAAAGAAAAACUGCAAGAGAUGGAACUGAACAACGAAGAAGAGGAUGGUGAUGGUGAUGAGCAAGAUGAGGAGGGCGAGGCCUACAGCAAGCCCAUCGGAAAGGAGUCCAUCGUCCUCGACUACCUGCUGAAGAAGCAUCUCGAAGAGAGCAGUUAUACCAUCGACGAGGUCAAGAAGGACAUAGACACCAUAAUAUUCGGAGGAAACGACACGACUACAUCUGCAAUGAGCUGGGCUUUCUACCUCCUGGGACUCCACCCGGACAAGCAGGCCAAGGUGCACGCAGAGUUGGACGAAGUGUUCGGCACCGACCGUGACCGGGAUGUCACUAAGGCUGACGUCAACCAUCUCAAAUAUCUUGAGUGCUGUAUCAAGGAGACUCUUCGCCUGUUCCCUUCUAUACCGCUGAUUGGACGCCACCUGGAAGAAGACUUGGUUAUUGACGGCUACCGAGUCCCGAAAGGUGCAAACGUCUACAUCAACCUGUUCAGUUUGCACCAGAAUCCUAAGUACUUCAAGGACCCGGAAUCCUUCAUUCCCGAGAGGUUCCUGACCGAAGAGUUCACCGCGCGCCACCCGUAUUCGUACCUACCUUUCUCUGGUGGUCCCAAGAACUGCAUAGGCCAGCGAUUCGCCCUUCUGGAAUCCAAGGUCAUCAUGGCUAAACUGCUGCUCAAGUUCUCGGUCGAGUCGACGCGCCCGCUCGACCAAUUGCGAGUCAGCUACGAGAUCAUCGUAAAAGCCCGCGGUGGACUGCGCGUCUGGUUUCGGAGGCGCCCUCCUGUCACCGACAAGUGGCAGGUGUCAGCAACGUGAAGACUGGGCCUUUCUUUCUGCACUACGUAUUUGUAUUUGUUUGUACCGCGCUACUAUUAGUACCUCCUUUCGCACUAUUGUUUUUGCUAUGCUACAGUAAAUGUGGCACCAGUGUAGUUUUCUUGUUGUUUGUUUGUUGUUUUAGUUUUCGCGCGUUUGUAUAUACCAGGGGCUUUGAGUGCAAUCGAAUAAAUCAUUUGGAUGGCAAAAAUGAA